AUGGUACCCCUGAGCAAGGAAGACGAAAAAGUGAUGGAGCUUGUCGCUAAAUACGGCCCGAAGAAAUGGACGCUUAUAGCGAGGCAUUUAAAAGGAAGGAUAGGGAAACAAUGCAGGGAACGCUGGCACAAUCACCUAAAUCCUUCCAUAAAAAAGACCGCGUGGACAGAACACGAGGACAGGGUUAUAUAUCAAGCGCACAAGCAACUUGGGAACCAGUGGGCCAAGAUCGCCAAAUUACUACCUGGCAGGACAGACAAUGCGAUAAAGAACCACUGGAACUCCACAAUGAGGAGGAAAUACGAGCCCGAACUGUUGGAUAGUUUCGAGAACAUUCGACGGAAGCAAGCGCGGAUAAAGCCAACCAGGGCCUUCUAUAGUGAUAGCGUUAAUGUAAAUAAUGAACGCGACGCCGCCCCACACGAAAAGAAGGUGCACGUCACUUAUAAUGAUAGUUGGAAUGACCCAUUCAACGAGUCAACGCAGAGCAAUUCGUCAACAACAAGCCAACCACCGUCCAAGCAAGUUCUUCAUUUCAGACAGCUACUGAAGGAUCAAUUAAACAACCUUCAGCAGCAAAGUCAAAGGCCGAAGUCUCCGGACAGGGGCAGUUUGGUUGCUGCGGACACUGUUGAAAUUGUCGAAUCGCCUUUCAAAUAUGUCAACAUAGAAUCGCUGCAGUCAGAUUCACCAAUUAAAAACUACUUGUCGCAAGCCGCUAACACUGAUAACAGUCAGAGUACAGUAGCUUACACAGUGGAGACGGAAACAAGUGAAGAGAUAGUAGUGCCCUCAGUGUAUGCUUCACCUAAGAAGAAACCAACAGACUCCUCUAGCCCCCCUCCGAUACUAAGGCGAGGGAAAAUUAAGAAGUCGCAACUCAUCACAACCAACCCUAAUUCGUGGACGAACGCGAUUCAUAAAGCGAUGGAGUCUGGAGAAACAGGUGUGACGCCAAUCAAAGCCUUACCAUUCAGCCCAUCUCAAUUCCUCAACUCACCAGCAGGCAUAUCUUUCCCCACUUUCGAUUCUACACCAUUACGGACACAUGCCAAGGAAUGGAGUGCAAGUCCACUACUUCAUACACCAACUCCAUCCAAUAUUACACCUGGUGGGAGUCAAGUACGCAAUAUCACGCCCAAAACACCGACUCCCUUCAAAAUAGCGAUGGCAGAACUUGGUAAAAAGUCAGGACUGAAGUAUGAGCCGUCGAGUCCCGGGCUGCUUGUUGAAGAUAUAACAGAAAUGAUACAGCGGGAAGAGAAUUCUGAUAGUACGGUCCAGUUAAAUGACUCCAUGCUGUCCUCGACUGCAGAUCAAGAUGCUGCUAACGCUCAGGUGAAUGACUCGGGCAUCGGCAGCGCGCGGCGCGGCAAGGAGAACGUGCCGGCGCACAAGCGCGCGCGCAAGGCGCUGGCCUCCAGCUGGGGCGCCGCCACCAGCACGCCGCACGCGCAGCACCAGCACCAGCACGCCGCGCCGCUCGUGCCCGACGUCAGCUUUAUAGUCGAGACGCCGAGCAAAACUCUAGUCGGAGAUAGCUCGGGCCUUUUCUCACCUCCUUCAAUCGUCAAAAACUCGCUUCUAGAAGAAUCCACAAGCCUUCACAGUCUCAUGAGCGCCGAUAACACGCCAGAGAACAUGAAAUACGAAGACAUCGACAUUGAAGCCGUCAUCACUGAGAAAACAAAGGUGCGUCGUUCAUCCGGUGAACCGAUGGUCGUGAAGAAGUCUGCCGUUAGAUCGAUCAAAUUCGAUCAGGAACCAGUCGAUAUGAAGGAUGAGAAGCCUGCUUUCAUAUUGACGGAUAAUAAAUGGGAGAUAUUUGCAUGUGGCAAGACACAGGAUCAGCUGGAUUUGACAGUUUUAGCCCAUCAAUACUUAAGGAAAACAGCUUUAAAACCUCGCACUUUGAAUUUUUAA